GAAUGCACACGUGGGACGUUUCCGAACGCAGCUUGUGUGAUGUGUGAAGGGUGAAACGAUGUUUUGCGAAACGCGGCGGAUCGUCCUUUUAAUUGUCGUCGCGAUUUUUCACCUGGCUCGCGGCGAAGACGAGACGAUCAGAGCGAAUGAGAAGAGACACGGCAGCGCGAAUAAUUAUCAGAUGUGCAUCGACAGCUUCGACAUUCAUAGAGACAAAAUUAUCAAGACUCAAGACUCCCGUGACAUGGGUGCUAAAUACUUGAGCGUGUUGGACGUGGAUUCUAGAUUGGAUUGUUUGAAGUAUUGUUGCGAAACCGAGCGAUGCGACGUCUUCAUCUUCGAAGAAAAGAAACCAGGCAGUUGCUAUCUUUUUCAAUGUGGACCACUGCAUGAUUUCAAGUGCAAAUUUACAAGGCACGCUAAUUAUACCAGUGCAGUACGUACUAGUUAUCCUAUACAGAAUGUACAAGUAGAAGAAGAGGUCAGGAUAUCUCAACAGGAGCACGAAUUAAAAUCACUUAGGAAAAAUAAUGAGAUUACAUCGGAUUAUGGAUUUACAGAGACACCCAAAUCUAUAGUCACUCAAAUACCAAAAGUAAUAUUAACUACACCUGCAUUGAUUAAGCCAGCUUGCACCAGAAAUCAAUACGAGUGUCGUUCAUCCGGAGACUGCAUAGCUAUAUACAACGUUUGCGAUGGCAUUCCGCAGUGUACUGACGGUUCUGACGAAGCGGCCGAUCUCGUGUGUCCCACGGAAAAACCAACCGUUCCUCCAGUUAUACAAGUGCCACAGCCACCCGCUGAUAUUCUUCAAUAUCAGCAAAUGAUCGAGCAGCGUAAACCUCUGCCUCCGUUCUACCCUGCUGUGCAUGAUUCCAAUGUUAAACCUUGGGAUAUAAAUUUAGUUCAUCAAAUGUCGCAGCCGCAAAAUAUUCUGUAUCCCGGUCAGCCGGUGGAAUUACCGCAAAUGCGUAAGAAUUAUGGUUCACCGGGAUACCAGUGGGAUUAUCAGCCUUUAUACGAACAAAAUAAGGAUCCCUAUCCUCAUGUAAAUUUAAAUCCCUAUGAACAACAGCCACAUAUAUUUAAUCAUAAAGGUUCAAGCGUUAUAGGAAAUAAUGAAGCCGAAAGAGAGCUAUAUAUGGAUUCUAAACAUCCAUAUGCUUCACAUUUUCCAUCACCGAAUAAGGUAGCUUGGCAAGAAAAUCCACAAUUAUUAUCAUCUAUUGCACCAAAUUCUCAACAUAAGCAAGCUGUAGAAGAUGUAGAAGAUUCUGCUAAGAUUACAACAACGCCUGUCUGUGAUACCUCAGAGGAACAUAGAAAUGAGUUGAUGCAGAAUAAAGAAUUUUUAAAGAAAGAAGAAAAAACCGACACGCAUAUAAAGGUGAACAAACAAGUUACUGAAAAACCAACUUUAUUAGCAAGUGACAUUACCAAACAUAAUCAUGCAAAGGAAUCAAAAGAUCAUAAAAGUGUAAUUGUAAUCGAAGAUCAUCAUGUGAGAGGGCACGAGAGAACCGACAUUAUUGCGGAACAUCUUCAAAUAAUCGAGAACGACGUUUUAAGGCCCAAAGGGGCAGUGGUGUCAUUGUCACUAGGACUCAUAGCAACUGCGAUUACGGCUGCUUUGAUUGUUUGCCGGUUGCGAGUGGUGAAACGACGUGGUAGAUGUGGGCAUGGACCUUAUGCACAUGACGCCGAUUAUUUGGUUAAUGGAAUGUAUUUAUAAACGGGAUAUACGCGCGAGAAGAAUCAUUCUUAAAUCUAGUCACAAUCUAGUCGCUUAAAUAUAUCUACCAUAUUUUCGUACCAUAUUGUAAGUAUUGUCCUACGAGAGACAAAAUCUCUAAACAAUUAUAACAUUCCCUUAUAAACAAAAUUUUGUUACAACAUACUUCUAAAAACAAUAAUUGAUAAA